AUGAAGGACUAUUUCGAGGAGAAGCACAGCGUGCAGAAGGCCAGCCGGUUCAUGGAAGACGCGUUCUACGGCGUGAAGCGCGCACACCCGAUGCAGAGCCAGGAGGCGCAGUGGUGGUACGCGCUGCACCUGCGGGUGUCCUACGUCCUGACGGCGGUCAUCUGGGCCUACGUGCUGCUCACGUUCUUCGAGCAGCCCGUGUGGUGCGACCGCAUCAAAGAGGAGAGGGGCGUGGACCCAUGCAGGGUGUACAACGGCCUGUACCCCACCUUCAACAUCCCAUUUCUGUCGCGCACCGCGGACAUGCUACUGGAGCUGGCCUUCCUUUCCAUCCUGUCCUUCAGCCUGUACCUCAUGUCGCGGGCCUACGGGCGGCAGCUGUACGAUGACAAGAUGAACAAGGCCUACGCCUCGCUGCUGGGUCUGGCCAUCCUGGACUUCCUGUGGGCGUACGCCACGCCCGUCACCUGGUUCCGCUUCGCGCCAUACAUCCGGAUAGCCAUCCUCGUCGUGAAGCAGAAGGAGAUCCAGGGCCAGAUGCUGGUCAUCUACAGGAUAAUGCCCUCCUUCGGCUCCAUAUGCUUCCUCUUCUUCCUCUUCCUGUUCCUCUUCGCCUGGUGCGGCUGCAUCAUGUUCACCGACCCGAGCAUGCGCAUCGAGAAGGAGAUCUUCUUCCCCAACCUGUGGGAGGCGAUGUACACGCUGAUGAUCUUCCUAACCACCAACAACUCGCCCAACAUGUUCCAGCCCGCCUUCAGGCUCAACCGCUGGGCGAUGCUGUACUACGCGUCCUUCUCCCUGCUGGUGCUGUUCUUCGGCCUGAACAUGAUCACCGCCAUCAUUUACAAGGAAUACAACGCCAGCAGGGAGCGCGACAGGGAGCUGAGGAUGGAGAACCGACGGGAGAACCUGAAGGAGGCGUUCAAGCUGCUGGCGGAAGAGGACGGGGACAAGAUCAGCUCCAAGAAGAUCAUGGAGGUUUUCUGGGAUAUGAACACCAACGCGGAGAUCGAAUACAUUGCCGAGGACAGCGCCAAGCUACUGUUCGCGGCCGCAGACGCUGACGGCGACGACAUGCUGGAUGAGACGGAAUUUGUGGCGCUGUGUGACGUUCUGAGGGUGCGCUUCGAAGAGGUCAAGCCAUUGAAAUCCUUGGAGGAGCGAUUCCCCAAGUGGUCUCAGCGCAGAUGGUUUGUGCGGUCCUGCCACUUUGUGAAUACCCAGUACUUUGAGUGGAUCAUCGACUUUCUACUGAUGCUGAAUGCCAUCUUUGUGGCACUGGAGACAUCUGAGCCGCUCGGGUUCCACGGCCUGCCCUACAAGCACAACCCCUACGCUGAUACCAUCGAGCAGCUGUUCUCCUUCCUCUUUGUGUGUGAAGUGAUCGUGAAGGUCAUGGCCAAGAGCUGGCGGGGCUACUGGAGCGGCGCAGGCAACAGAUUCGAUUUCCUGAUCACUGUGGCCACGGUGCUGGCCAGCAUGUAUGUCUACUAUCCCAAUGCCUACAACAACACCAACCUGAUCAAGUGGUUCCAGGUGCUGCGUGUCUUGAGGGCGGUCAGAUUUCUUGCCAGGAUGGAGGGAUUCCGGGCGAUUUGCUGCACCUUCGCCAAGAUGCUCGGUCCAGCAUCGCGCCUCCUCAAGGUGCUGUUCAUCAUCAUGUUCUUGUUCUCAGCCCUGGGAAUCCAGAUCUUUGGUGGGCGGCUCACCCGUGACCCUGACAGCAAGUACUAUGAAAUGCUGAAAGAUAAGGCUCCCGAUUUCACGUAUCCUGACGAUCGCUACGAUUUUAUCACCCUCAACUUCAAUGACAUGUGGACCAGCUAUGUCACCCUGCUGGUAUUCCUGGUGGCCAAUAACUGGGAUGUGAUGGUGGAGGGCUACGUGGCCGUCACCAGCCUCUGGCUGCGUCUGUACUUUGUGGCAUUCCACUUCCUGGGUGUGUACCUCUGCCUCAACAUUGUGACAUCGUUCAUCAUCGACACUGCCAUGGAAUUCUACACUGAAAGCGAGGACGAGAAGAACAAGGCCCUGAUAGAUGGACAGACAGAGACGUCUGCAGGCAAUGUUGUGUUUGAGGCGGAGGUGGUGACUGGAAGCCAGAAUGGCCUGAAGGGAAUGUAUCGUGCAGUCGUUUCUGACCAGUCGGAGGUCACGCAGGGUGCCCGGGAGGUUAUGAACAGGAUGUUGUACAACCGAACCAAGAGCAUGAGGAGCCUCAGCAGGAUGGGAUCGAGGACAGGUGACCCAUUCGAUGGGGAGGGUGAGGGCUCGGGAGAGUCCAGCGAUGCCGGUGCAGGUCAGCUGCCCCUUUCUCAUUCAGCUCCUGACACCGGGAACUUUACUGCUGAGGUUGAAAAGCCACCCCUCAUGGCCCAGCGGGAGGCAUCGAAUGAUGUUGCAAAUCCCAAGACAAGUCCUAAGGCAGAGGAACUGAGUGUUGACCCUACCACUCCAGAGGUCCAGCCCACCGAUGCCCCGGCCUCGCCGGAUGGCCUGGGCGACGGCGGCUGUCUCCAUACUGAUGGACUGGGACAGGAUCCAAGUGGUGUCAGUUUGCCUCUGCGGCCAGACGAGGAAGGCAAUCUGUGA